AUGUCGGCUGCCCCCACCAGCGCGAGCGGGCCGCAACAGGCAUCCCCACCAGCAACAUCAUCAUCACAACCACAGGCGAAUGCCGGCAACCUCCAGCCAGUCCUCCACCUCGAUGUAGACACGGCCGCCAACAGCGACGAUGACUCUGCAUUUGACGGCGAGUCCUCCGCCUCCACAUCGCUCGCCUCGACUAUCCUCAACUACGAAUACUCAAAUGGCCGCCGCUAUCAUGGAUACCGUUCGGGCGCCUACAUCCUGCCCAACGACGAGCAAGAGCAAGACCGCCUCGACCUACAGCACCACAUUUUCCUGCUCAUCCUCCAAGGCAAGCUCUACGACGCACCCAUUUCACCCUCUCCCCAGCGCAUACUCGAUGUUGGCACUGGAACCGGCAUCUGGGCCAUUGACUUUGCCGACGAGUUCCCUGGCGCCGAAGUAAUCGGGACCGACCUCAGUCCCAUCCAACCUACAUGGGUCCCUCCAAACGUCAAGUUCUACAUUGACGAUGCAGAGUCCGAGUGGGUCUACAGCCCCGCAGAGGCCUUUGACUACAUCCACUGCCGUAACAUGUCUGGCAGCAUCUCGGACUGGGACAAGUUCGUGCGCCAGACGUUUACCCACACUAAACCGGGUGGCUGGGUCGAAUUCCAGGAGCCGCUGGCGCAGGCCGAUUGCGACGAUGGCACCAUGGACAUGGCCAAGGAUUUUUUGCAGUGGCAGACAUUAUGUCAUGACGCCGCUGCUAAGUGGGGGAGAGAUAUUCGUGCAGGCAUAGGCAUCAAGCAGCACAUGCUAGACGCGGGAUUUGUUGAUGUUCACGAGAAGAUUGUCAAGAUCCCACUCGGCCCCUGGCCCAGAGACGCACGCAUGAAGGAAAUUGGCCGCUAUCAGCGUGAGCACAUGUCUAUAGGCGUAGAGCCCUAUACGUUGGGCCUCUUGGGCAAAGUAGCCGGCUGGACCGAAGAGGAGUGCCGUGUCAUGAUUGCCCGUACCGUAUCCGACGUUAGGAGAAAAGACGUACAUAUGUACAUUAGAUUCUAUUUUGUCCACGGCCGCAAGCCCGACCAUGCUGGAGCUAGUUGA